AUGUCGGCGCUGGCCGUCUCCCCAGAAGCAGCACCCGCUCCCGUGCCGCAGGCUCAAAAUGUUGCACAGCGCAAGACAUCCAAAAAGGGCGGCUACACGAGACAGCGCCGCGGGUGUCUGACUUGUCGCCAGCGCAAGAAGAAAUGCGACCAGGGCCUGCCCAUCUGUGGGCAUUGCUCGCGGCUCAACCUCGUCUGCGCGCGCGAAAGGCCCCGACAACUGUCGAGUUCCUGGGGCGCGGUGCAAGACCGUCCGCACUGGGGCUCCGGCAACCCCUGCUGCCUGUCGCAGGGCGACCAUGUUUCCGAAGUCCUGAGGCUGGCGAGUAUCCCCGAGCCGUUGGAUCUCUUGCAUCCCGAUGACGCCGUGGGUCGCGACUUGAGCGCAAGCCGGAGGACCAUGAUGCGCUACUACACAUCCACUCUUGCCGUCAUGCUGUCCGCCACCGCUGAAAAUAACUGCUUCUUGUCAGUCCUGUUGCCAAUGGCAUUCGACUGCCCUACCCUCCUUGACGCCAUGGCGGCAUGGGCAUCCUCCCACCUUGCCCUCCGUGAGCCCAGUUUCCGCGACACCUCGCUGCUGCAUCGCGGGCGGGUGCUUGCGAACCUGGGCGCCGCCCUGAAAGACGGCAGCCUGUCUGGGGAAAUGUGCCUGGCCGUGGCCAUGGCCAUGUGCUCCAUGGAGACCAUCUCGGACGCAACCAGCAGCAGCUGGGCUCACCACCUGUCCGGGGCCGCCGCCGCACUGCAGCCCGGGAGCUCUGGCAUGCAACUCAGCCCGCCGCGAACAUCGGCGUCUGUCUUGAGCGGGGACUGGCUGAAGUCGGUGGAGGGGAGGUGGCUGGUGAGGAAUUUCGCCUAUCACGAUAUCCUCAUGAGCGUGUCCCUGGACAGACGGCCCUUGAUGACUGGUGAUUACUGGAUGUCGGCUGACGAUGCCAUGGCAGAUCCAUACUUUGCCUUUGCGUCGAGGAUCAUGCUGUCGACGUCUGAGAUUAGUGUUUUGAACGCAGAUUGUGCGGAAUACUACGAGGCGUCGCUUGGGGGCGGUGGCUCGAACACGUCUGGACUCGCCUUGGAUCCCAACUGCGACGCACUGCUGCAGCGUGCCCUCGGCAUUGCCAGCGACCUUCGAGAAUGGCAAUGUCCGGCCGCCUCGACCGACACGCCGCUCACGUCCCUCAGCGAGACGUAUCGAAGCGCAGGGUUGAUAUACCUCAAUCGCGUGGUGCGCAAGUACCUCCCACAGCAUGCGACGGACGUACUGCCGGAAGGAAUCCGGGUAUACGUCGACUCGGUGUGUGAGGUUGCCGAGAAGGUGCCCGGGGGCUCGUUGGCCGAGUGCUCGUUGUUGUUCCCUCUUUUCAUGGCGGGAGGGGAGGCAGAGGAGGCAACUCACAUGGAGCGCAUUAGGAGCAGGCUGUGUACCAUGAACAAAUGGAGGCGGUUCCGCAAUGUAGAUGCUUGCAGGGAGGUUUUGGAAGAAGUUUGGGAGCAGAGGGAGGAAUGGAGACGGGGCAUGAGGAGAGACAAGGUGGAUUGGAGGGAUGUUGUUGAGCAACGGGGUUGGCAACUUGCCUUGUCGUGA